GAUAAGGGAGUAUGUAUUUAGGGGGCGUUUGGUUGGGGGUAUUAAGGAAAGGGAAAGGGAAUGAAAAUACCCCAUUCCCUUUGAUGUUGUUUGGUUCGCAUUUUGAAUCAUUCCGUUUACCCAAUUUUAGGUUUUGGUUAACCUAAAUCACGUAAUCCCCAUUCCCCACCUCCCCCUCCACUUUCCCAUUCCAUUCCCUUCCCCAUUCAGCUCCUGCUUCCUUCCUCGCCUCCCUACUGCUGCUGCUGCCUCCUUCCUCGCGCCUCCCUCCUCGCGCCUCCUUGCUGCUGCUGCUGCGCCUCCAUUAACGGAAUCUCCAUUAACAGAAAAUGGCUAGCAUUGGUACUUCUUUGAAAAGGAAGAGAAAUUGGGAUUGUAUUCGGUUCAUAAUUACUAUGAUUAAUUGUGUUGUGUUGCUACAUUUGAUGUUGUACUCGAUGAGAAAAACUAUAUACGAUUCCCAUUAUGUUAAGCUUGAUAAAAAAACUAGGAGAAAAAUGAGAUUGCACAACUUGAAUAGAAUGAUUAGAGAAAGUGACACUUUGUGUAGGAACUAUCUUCGUAUAAAUCGAUACACAUUUGGUGUUCUUUUAGAGAUGGUUAGAGAUAUUGGUGGAUUAAAUGAAACAAGAAACACAUGUUUGGAAGAGAUGGUUGCGGGUUUCUUAUACACAUUAGCUCACCAUAAGAAAAAUAGAAUGAUGGGUGCACAUUUUUAUAGAAGUGGUGAAACUAUUAGUAGACAAUUUCAUGCUUGUUUGUUAGCAAUCUUAAAGUUACAUGAUAUUCUUCUUAAGAAACCAACACCAAUACAAGAGGAUUGCAACGAUGAAAGAUGGAAAUAUUUCAAGAAUUCAUUAGGUGCCCUUGAUGGUACAAUGAUUCUAGUGAAUGUUCCUUGUGAUGAGCGAUCCAAAUAUCGGACUAGAAAAGGUACCCUUGCUAUGAAUGUAUUAGGAGUAUGUUCACCCGAGAUGGAAUUUAUAUAUGUCUUACCUGGUUGGGAGGGGUCGGCACACGAUGGUCGGAUUCUUCGAGAUGCUAUUUCUAGGCCUAAUGGGUUGAAAGUUCCAAAAGGUUGUUAUUAUCUAUGUGAUGGAGGAUAUACUAAUGGAGAAGGAUUCCUUGCACCCUAUAGAGGGCAUCUUUAUCAUCUUAGAGAAUGGAAUAAUGGCCCCCGACAACCCCAAACCGCCGAAGAAUAUUUCAACUUAAGGCAUGCAAAAGCUAGAAAUGUGAUUGAGAGAUGCUUUGGAUUACUCAAGGGAAGAUGGGGGAUUCUUAGAAGUCCUUCUUGGUUUAGUUUACAAACACAUGGUCGAAUUGUACUUGCUUGUGCUUUAUUACAUAAUUUGGUAAAGAGAUACAUGCUUGCAGAAUUUGAUGAUGAGGACUUGUUUGAGGAAAAUGAUAGUGAUGAUAAUGAUGGUGAUGAUAAUGAUGGUGAUGUUAAUGAGGAAGAUGAUGUGGAGUACAUAACCUCCAUUGCUGUAACCGAUCCAUGGACGAAUUUCCGAAAUACAAUGGCCCAACAUAUGUUCAAUGAUUGGAGGGCUAGACAACGCAGACUUACUUUGUGAUGUUAUUCAUUUUUAUUUAAAACCUCCAUUUCUUGUAUUUGAUUUUCAGACUUGUAUGUUUAUUUCUUGUAUUGAAUAUUUGUUGGUUCAUUCCAUUUUUAUAUACAUGCAAUUUUGUUUACUAUGAUCA